AUGAUGAUGAUGAUGAGCCGUGUGAUGUGUGUGUUGGCCGUUGUGCUGUGCUGCGCCUGCGGGUAUACCAUGGCGGCUGCUGCUGCUACUACUACUAAUGGUGGACAACCAAAAGCGGAGAUGGCUUUUUUUACUGAUGUGAUCGCCACUGAGGCUCGAAUUGUGGGUUUCAUACCAGUUGGAGAUGAUAAUCGUCAGUCCUCAAAUUUAGCCAAGCCAGGCGAAACAAAUAUUGUGGCCCAACAUACUAGUGGUCAAGGAAACGAUUCGUUGGGGCGUCAAGAAAUUCCUGGCGGCUUUGGUUUUGAGAGUGUCAAAGGUUCUCGUUUAACUUCUGUGGAUAGUGGAGAGGAAGGGAGGGAGAAUCAGUUGAGGGAGAACGAAGUUGUGCUUCCUGGGCCUGAGGCAAAAGUAAAGGAUGUUGGGAGGACCGGUGAGCCAGUGGAUCAGACACAACAAGAACAAAAUCAGCAACUUGGAGGGACUGGUGGAACAAUGGCAGGACAAAGUGAGCAAAGAACAGUUGAGUUAGCACGUGGUCAGGAUGGUGUGUCGGAGUCAGCUCACCAAAGUAAUGCUAUUUCUCAUGCAUCUGGUACUGCUGCUUCUGAUAGUAACCUUCCCGGUGUUGGUACUAAUUCUGGCCAUUCUCCUGCUGCUGCUGUUUCUCCUGCACCUGCACUUGUACCUGCCGAGAGAACUGAGGCUGAGGCUGCAGGGGACAACCAAGCUGGAAGCAGCGGCAGCAGUGCAACUAACGCGGAAGGUGAAGCCAACCAAACCACUCCAGCUGCAAGUACAACAGAGAACAACAACUCUGUAAACAGGGACUCAAACAGUGUCAAUUCACCUAAUAAUAAGGAAUCGACCACCACCACCGCCACAACAACAACAACAUUUCCUUCUGCCACCGCGGUCUCUGAAGGAAAUGACGAUGCUUCUGCAGCCACCACCACCAACAUUAACACCGAAGCACCAACCACCACUUUAUCAUCUGUUCCUGUACCCAAUGCAGAGAUCAGCAACAGCAUUGCUUCCACUGUACAGAACAAGGCCAAUGCUGACAGCAGUGUCAGUUCUGUGUGGAUGCGCACUGCAGCACCGCUGUUGAUUGUUGCUGUGUUGUUCUCUGCUACCGUGUACUGA